AUGAAAAAGGAAAAUGCUCUUUUCAAAGAAGAAUUGAAUCUAGAGGGUAAAUCGAGUAUGUAAUCAGCAGGAAACAUUGGUUCACAGAUAGCAGUGUUGCAGAAAUUCGGUGACAACUAUGCUAAAAGAAUCGAAAAGGAGAAAAAGAAGCUUGAUGAAUUGAAUACAAAGAUCAAGGAUGUGCAAUAGAAGAUAGAGACUCAGAGGAGAUUAAUCAAGGAUAACUAGGGACAGAAGGAAAGCAAUGAGGAUGUUGCAAGAAAAAUUAAAUCACUUGAGAACAGACUUGACAAAUAACUCCAGAAGUUCAACCAAGCAGUGGCAUAAAAUAAAAAUUUGAGAGAAUAGAUUGAUGCACUCAGACGUGAAAGAGUCGUAUUUGAUAACAUCUAUAAGAAGCUAGAGACUGAGCUCAAAAAAAAGAAGGAUGACAUGAUGAAGAUCAUUGAAAGAGCCGAGAAGGCCUACAUGCAAAGAGAACAAGCUAAGAAGGAGAUGAAUGAUCUGAAGAAGGAAGCAGAGAAGGAGUAAGAGGAAUUUGAAAAGGAGUGGAAUAAACUAGGACAAUUGAUUGAGAAAGAUAAACAGGUUAAAGAUUUUAUUAAGACUUAAGAGGAGUCAAAGGCUGCUCUACAGGGCACAAUCAAUCAUAAUAAUACACUCGGAGACAACAAGGAUUUGAAGUCUUAGAGACAGGAAAAUCUGAAUGAGCUGACUAAUACAGAAAAGACAUUGAAGAAGCAAGUUGCUUAGACUGGCUGGGGUAUUGCUAGGGACACUGCUAACAUUCACUUGUCUAUGGCUAAGGUUUAAUAGUACGAAGAAGCAUUUAAUUCAAUCAAAGCAGCCACACAUCUUAAUGAUAUUGAUCAGCUCGUAACUGAGUUUGUCUAAGCUGAGGACCAUAACUACUCUCUGUAUAAGUAUGUGGGUGAGCUGACCAAUGAAAUGGAUGAGCUUGAAGAUGAGAUUAAGCGCAUUCGAGAGGAAAUAGACAAGUAUCGAGGCCAUGGCGUGAACAAUGAGAAUAACAGAGAAAAGAUUCUGGAUAAGCUGAAUAAAGAGCUAGCAGCAACUGAGAAUGAAACUAAGGAGUACGAUAAACAGUAUUAGGAGACGAUGAAGACUAUAAAUGCUCUGAAGAUAGGCAUCUAGUCUAUCUUUGACAGGAUUGGUUGCAACACUGAAGUAGUGCCUGAACUGAUUGGAGCCACUGGAGUGACUGAAAGCAAUAUGAUGCACUACUUGGGUGUGAUAGAGCAGAGAACAAAUGAAGUGCUGUAGAUGUAUGCUGCUUGCCAGUCUAAAGGUGGAUUUGACUCAUAAUAACUACCCUCAGGAUAACUGAAUGUGCCUUAGAUUGGGACUAAUGUAGGACCAUAGAAUAAUGCUAAAAGUGGCAAGGAUGGAGUAGCAGAGGACAAAAUCAAUCUAGAUGCACCUGACUUGUUGUAUCUUGAGGACGAUGAAGAGAGAAAGAGUGAUGAGGAUGAUACUAGAAGGUUCACCAUAAAGGACUUCAAAGAAAAAGCUCAGAAAUUCGUAAAGGACAACUUUGAUAAAUACGCAGCCAAGAAAAAACCCAAGACUAAGAAUGGUGCUAAUGAUGCCAAUCUUAAAAACUAGUGA